UGGCCAUCCAUAAAUUUGACAGUUCAGUUGUUAUCACUCCUGUAACAAUCAAAUUAUCUCAAGAUAGUACGUAGAAUAAGCGAAAAUGUCUUCUUUCCCAGUUGUGUUAAAUGUAUACGAUAUGGUAAGAAAGAAUCAUUUUUUAUUAUUAAGUAGGCCUCCACAGUUAUGUUUAUAAUGGAAAGAGGAAGAGGAAGUUGUUGUAAAUUACAAGCCAGCUUUAAAAUAUUUACGCAAUUUUCCGUCUUUAUUAUUUAAAUCUUUCAGUAUUGGAUAAAUCACUACACCUUUCCUGUCGGUCUUGGGGUUUUUCAUUCAGGAGUAGUUGUUCAUGGGAAAGGUUAGUUGAAGUCUUACAAAUAACCUCAAACUGGAUAGGUAUGUAUGUCAAGUGUGACAUUGUUCAUGAACAGCUGCUGGCAAGGUGCAUUCCGGCAUGGUACAUUGUCAUUGAAAUUAUUGUUUUUGAAAAAACUUCCUUUGUUCUUUAAUAGUCUUAAUUUCGAAAAUAUGAGUUAUGCUUUGUUCUAGCUGUUGGUGCAAAAGGUUUUAGGUUCAACACCGUUCGGUAAUUCCGAUCCCAGUUUUUACUACAGAUAAAACCGUGGAUCAAUCAUAUAUUUUUUGUAUUUUUGAGCGGGUGAAAUUUAUCGGCCUGAGCUUUGCUCUAGCUAGGAGUCUAGCUACUCUUGUGAACGAUUUUUUCGAAAAAUAGUUCUGUUUAGCUUUUGUGGCUUUUAUUAAGUGUAAUUAUUCUAAGGAAACCUUUGUUUUUGUCUGUAUAAUUUUGUGGUAUUCAUCUCAGAGCUGUAAAACGUUAAAUGAGAGGGAGAGCUAUUAAGCAAGGAUGUAGUCUUAGAAAAUAAUAAUAAUAAUUCUAGGGACCCCAGUAGUACAGUUUUAAACAAAGAUCGACUGAAAUCUAAUGCAAUCACUUUAUAACUUGCACUCUUGACUUCACAGCUCAGUAGGGUCAUGUGAGUGACCAUCUGUCAAAAGUGUGGUAUAUACCCCUCAAAAUAUCAGAAUUGAAAAGGGUAAUACAAAACAUACAGUGCGUCAGACAAUUCUCAGAUUUCAAACUGAAAACAGUGCCAUUUUAUUGUGCUGUGAAUAUUAAGAAAAAAUGAAGAAUAUGCUCCAAGUUGCAAAAUCUCUGAUCUGCAUAUCAUAAUUUAUAAUGGCCACUCUAGCAUUUUUUUCAUAAAGUCACUUACAAUUUUGCAAACAUUAAGAUAACUUGUAUCACCACUAAAUAAAAUUUGGCUUUCCUGCUAAUUAUCUCAUGCUUACUCCUUCUCUCAGGUAUUGUUGAAGUUGUAUCCCAUAAUGGCAGGUCAUGUGCUAUAAAACUAAAGGUUCUGUUGAAAAUCCAGAUUUGCAGUAACUUUUGGUGUUUAUUCCCCAAAUAUACAUGCAAUCAGUAGGUGGGGAAAUGAACACCUAGGAAGUUUUUUGGUUCUAUUUUCCUUUUGAAAAUAGCCAGGGAGUUUUGCUUAUUAGUCUCAUAAACUGAACCUUAUAGCUCUCACAAGAAAACACCCAUAUCCAAAUACCAGAAUUAAUGUCAUGCAAGUCAAAGCACAGUAAAUCACAGUAAAUCUUGACAUUUUGGGCAGUUUGCCUACUAGAAGUGUUAACUGAGAGUGUAGUUAUUUCUUUCCUGAUACCCAUAUUGGCUUGAAGGACAGACUGUAAACCUCAUAUAGACCUGUACUACUUGCUUAGCUAGCCUCAGUUUAAGCCAUUGAUUAUUUUGCAGACAUUGCUUGACCAUUGUUUUUGUUCUGCAGAGUAUGCAUUUGGUGGUCAUUCUUAUAACUGGUCAGGGAUAUUUGACAUGACACCAAAAGCUGUUGACACACUGGGAGAGGAUUUCAAAUUUAGGUUUGUUAACACCCAUCACAACCAGUCUACACUUUUGGUAUUUCUCUCCUCCUAAACAUCUAUAAUAUGCAGGCAUCAUGCAGUCCUCCAUGCAAAGAACAUGAUCUAAAAUUUGAGGCUACCAUUGAUCAGUCAUCCUUUGACUCCCAAGGCAGAUAUCUUAAUUAAGGCUUCAUGACAGUGGGCAAAACUUUUUUGGAAUUUUUUUUAGGAUUGUAGGAUUAGAUGGAAGGAAGUACCUGCGGAUGGAACCAGAUUUUCAUGGACAAAUUUUUGGGUCAAACUUCAAAUGGCUUUUUUGCCUGUUUCUCCGGCCUCUUUGAUUGAAUCAUAUGCUCAUUUUGGUAUGGUUUGAAAGAUCCCUUCCCAAUGCACAAGUUAGGUAUUGACAGUGUUGUCCUUGACCAAAAAGGGACAUGUAUGGAGAUCCCCACAUGCAGUGAUCAGCAAUUCAGGGACGAAUGGGUCGAUGUGUUUAUCAGUUUUAGCAGAAAUUGAAAGGUUUUUCACAGGACUGAGUUUAUUCAUUUAUUAUCAAAAUAGGGAAACCAUUACAAUUGGAACAACAAGCCUUUUACCCAACGAAGUGGAAGAUCUUGUGAGAAGAAUGGGAUUAGAUUAUACAGGAUGCUCUUAUCAUCUAAUUGACAGGUAUAUUUUACAUGUUGAACCCCGAUUACUCCAAACGUUAAGAAAUCAAAAAAAUUUCGAGUUAUUGGGAGUUUGAUCAACAAAUAACCAAAGAAAGGAAAUAGAAUGGAGGAGGAAUGCAAGUAUCAUGCACACUUCACUACAGGGGCAGCAAGAAAAAUAUUGCUGUUGUGAUUUCAAACGGAAUUAAAAAAACAAAGCUUGAUUAAUCGGUACAGGGCUAAACAUUGUAUUAAAUUGGACUAAGAAAAAAGUAAAGACAAAGAAUACAUGGUUGUUUUGAAAUAAAUUCAAUGUGUGUACUGGAGUUCACUGCUUUUUUCGCCUUGUCACACACUUAAAACCAUGGUUCAAGUACGUUAUUGAGGGUAAAAUUGUAUCUAGAUUGAAAUGAUCUGAAGUGAAACAAAAGUUACUUUGAGUUAGUAGGAGGUUCGAGUUACUGAGGGUAAAAUUAUAGUAAAUGUAUGAAGGAAAUCCAGGGGAAAUCAACUUUGAUUCGAGUUAGUGCGAGGUUCGAGUUCGCGAUGGUUUGAGUUUACCGGGAGUCAACUCCCCAUUUUAAGUAUUUUUAGAAGAUGCAAAAUAAUCCAACCAACUUUUAACAUUCUUUGAAUAACACAUAUUUGUUAUCCUUUUUAGGAACUGUAACCAUUUUACAUCAGAACUUUGUCAGGUUAGUAGUUGCCCCACUUAACCUGUGACAAGUUAUGCAUUCUAUCUCUUCUCAUUCCUUCCUAUCGUCACAAGUUCUUUAUAGUGUAGCACUUUUGUACAUCAAUAGGUCAUUAUUGAUGAAAGUAUUUUCUUUUUUUGGUAUUAUUUGUAGGUCCUUUGUAACAAGUCAAUUCCUGGAUGGGUGAACCGACUAGCCUCUGUUAGUUCAUAUUUACCAUUUCUACUUAAAUGUCUUCCCAAAGAGUGGAUCAGUCCAGAGCCAUAUUCUCCAAAUAGCCCAGGCUUUGUUUCACAUCCAAUUUUUCAAGGUAACAAAUACCAAAUGAUCAAAGAUUUAUUUUUUCGGUAAAUUAUAAGCACAAAAGUCAGAUUGCACCCAGAUGAACUUUUGACUGAUAUUGAAUUUCCAGGAUACUGUAAAUUGUAAAAUUGUAAUAAAAAAAAGUGUAAUUUGUUUACCCGUGAAGCACUAAGGAGUUCUUGAGAACUCAUUGAAAUGUGUCAGUGCAUUCCAGAUUGAAUUGGAAUUUGGAAGUGUUUGUUUUUUGAGGAGGGAAACCGGAGUACGCAAAGAAAAACCUCUCGGAGCAAGGGAGAGAACCAGCGACAAACUCAACCCACAUAUGGCAUCGAUGCCAGUUAUUAUAAAACGUAUGCAAACUGUCUGGAUUUAUGUGGGAGUCUCCAUAGAUACAGCACAAAUCUCCUGGUCUCCUGCAUAAGUCCCCAUUAAUUUCCAAUUAUUUUGUCAUAACAGUCAUGGAAGCAACUGCUGCAGGUACAUAGGGCCUUUCUGCACCAGCAGACAAAAUCGGAAUUGUCUUUGAAACAUUUAAACCAAAAAUUUUAUGGUGACAAUUUUUGUCUUAAAUAAUUACAUUUAUCUUCACAGGCCGUUACAUCUGCCAUUUCACUUGCAUUUGUUAAUGGAAAGAAUAACGGCUUUAUAACAAAUAAUUGACGAGGAAAUCACAUUUUUGUUUUUUUCAGUUGAUUUUGUCCACCAUGCAGUUUUUACCCUCCCAUCUGGGACAAAAUUUGUAAAAUCAGGACAAACCAUCUGCAUUUGUUAAGCAUUGGUGAUGACAGGAAAUUUGUCUAAACAAACAGCUUUAAAGGAUUUUUUAGGCCCAUAAAGAUACAUGUAGAUUUGUGUGUUUUGGGGGGCCAGGUGUGGUGGGUUGAAUGUAAUUAAUUUCUUAAGGAGAGGGUUACUGAGAUCUCCAGAGCUAGGCAUCCCUGAUAAUAUACAAUUUCAAAGAACAGGAUAUGCGACUUCAGACACUGAGACAGAGCUUGUGUUUAUAAAGAAAAAACUUUGAAUAAAAAACUAUGCAUCAUUCUAAAUUAAUUGUGAGUGAGCUGAUGUUAGGUUUAUUAGCAGUUAGUAUGUCAGUAGCUGUUUUCAUACAUGUUUGCUCAAAGAAUUAUUAGGAUUUAUAUUAUUAAACUCAUUGACAAAUUUUGCCGUAGACUUCACUGGCUCAGUAGAUCAAGAGGAUGACAGACAGAGAACCAAACACAGUUGACAAGUAAUUGAAGGUGAUAUAAAUCGAACUGCCUCAGAAGGACCAUACGUUGUUUGAUCAAGUGAGCUCUUACACUGGAACUGCUGCUAUAGCUUAUCGCUUCAGAAAAGGCAUUAAUCCUCAUUUGAAGAAAUGAGGAAACGUCUUAAAAGGUAGUAAAGUAAGAUGCAAUUAAGAAUGGUACUGAUAGAAGCAAAGUUGGUGAUCAGUGAAUUAAAAAAAAAGUAAAAUCAUCUAAAAUAACAUGAUUAACAGAAUAAUGUGUACAAUGUACAGUCUAUACAGGAUAUUCAUUCCUGGUGUGCAUGGAAGAGUUUGAAAUAUUUCCUGUUGAUUGAGCACUGCACAUUUAAUUAAUUACUUCAAGUUAAUAGUACUUUGCAGAGCGAUUUAGUGAAUUCUACUGUUAAUAUAAUUUUCUUAUAAGAAAGGACAUGAUAUUAUAAUUUUGGGCCCUAUUUUAGUUGGGCUGACACUGUUAUUUGCAUCUGUGCUCUUCUGUUAGCCUGUGUCGCAGAUGUAAUUUCACCCCCGGUAAGUAUAACGUCAGCCAAGCAGCACAGAAAUCUUUGUUCUGGGCCCAAGACGGAUUCAAUGAAUUAACAGGAAUGCAUUUCGAAUUUCCCUUCAGCCUGAUUGGCAAAUCAACAAUGGCUUUUUGAACCCUUUAUGUCCCAAGAGUGACCAACAUCAAUUUUCUCCUAACAAUAUCCAUACAAUGUCAAGAGAUUAGGUUAUGAGAAUUAACAAAAUGAUCACCUAAGAGACAAUGCUUUCAUCUUUUAUCAAUUUCUCUCAACCCAUCCAUGAAGGAAAUGUAUAGAGAUCAGUUUGGAGAAUUUGUAUGUGGAUAUUGGGGCUUAAAGGGUUAACAGGCCAAUCAUGGUGCAUACUCAAAUCCUUGUACACAGGUGAGGAGGGCCGGCCCAGAGCAAGGAUUUGGGGGCUGAUCGCAGAUGCACUUAACCAGAGUUUAGUUCCGUCUGCGGCGUAGGCUACUCUUCUGUUUGGUGGAGCUCAUUAUAAAUAAUUUCAGAAAAUACGCUUAUUGCACGUAAUUCUAUUUAGCACAAUUGCUAUUCAAUUCAGUUUCAAAGUUGUUAUUUUAGAUGUAAAUCAUUGCGUCCAUUAUUUAUUAUGAAGAAAUAUCAUAAUUAUUUAUUUCAAUUUUCAAUGUUAAUAUUGAUUGAGCUAUUUCAGUCAUAAGCAUUUGCUGGCUUACAGAAUAAUAUUUCUAUUUCAUUUUCAAAUUUGUAACUUAUAUUUAAGGAUAUAUAGGAGAUCCUAGUUGCCUUAUCGCUCCUGAUGGAGAUUUCACUGUUUCUUUACAAGCCCAAAUUUUGCUGACUUUAAACUAACCUGCAUGGCAGGCGUUCGAAAGCGAAGGGGAAGAGAACGAGGGCGCGAGACCACACGCUCUUGCGCGCCCAAAUUCUCGCCCUUCCUUCCCCUUUAACGCCUGCCACGCAGGCUAACUUUAAACAGAAACAGAGAGAUAUGACUUCACCAAUGUAUAGGAUGAUUAGGUACAAACUGGAAAAUCAGGAGUGUGUUGAUUAUUUUUCCCCAGUGCUUCCAGUCUAUGACGGAUCCAGGUGAUCAUUCUCAUCAUAUCAGAGCUCAAAUUUGCAUGCACUGUUUAUUGUCCAGAUCGGUUAGCAAAUUAAACAGUUUUUGCUUAACUUUCCCCCACACAAAUAAAGGAGACGUUUAGAACAGAAUCUGAUGGUUGGUAAACAGUAAUAUCCAAGACUCUCUGGGAUUUUUUUCAAAAUAUAAGAAAUUCAUGCUGCAAUAUAUUUCUUCAUCGUUGUUUUUUUUCACAAUGUAAUAGUGCUUGCUAGGACCUUUAACCAUUAAACCAGAAAUCAACACACAAGUUAGCACACUUUAUUUUCAUCGCAGGAUUAUUGUUUUACUAGCAACUGUAUUCAAUCCUGUUCUGUUAAGGG